UGAAGUCUUACGCCAUUGCGAAUAUGAACGAUAAGCAGCAACCUCACACUGUUCCGUCAAAAUUAAAGCUAACCUUAUAGUGUUGUAAUAUUUGAGGUAAAUGUCGGAGUGAAUUACACGGUUAUCGGGCAAAAUGAGUUUGCCCAGUUCGAGUGAUUAUUGUUUGUUAGAAAAAAUCGGCUCAGGAAGUUAUGCAACUGUUUACAAAGCAUUUAAAAAGGAUGGAUGCCGAGAGGUAGUCGCAAUCAAAUGUGUAGACAAAUCGUCGCUUUCCAAGUCGGCUAUCGAUAAUCUCGUGACCGAGAUCAAUCUCCUAAAGAUACUGAAGCACGAGCAUAUAGUGGAAAUGAGAGAUUUUUUCUGGGACGAUGGGCACAUAUACAUCGUGAUGGAAUACUGUAACGCCGGUGAUUUAUCGAGCUUUAUAAGGAAGAAGCACAAGCUACCCGAGCAGAUUUGUCGUAGAUUCUUACAACAGCUCGCGCUAGCUUUGAAAUAUCUACGCAAUCACAAUGUCUCUCACAUGGACUUAAAACCGCAGAACUUGUUACUAACCAGAAAGCCACAUUUGGUACUAAAACUCGGAGAUUUUGGUUUCGCUCAGUAUCUUUCGAAUUCGGAACAAAAGUUUACCAUCCGUGGUUCUCCUUUGUACAUGGCGCCAGAGAUUUUAUUAAAACACAAAUAUGAUGCUCGUGUUGAUUUGUGGAGCGUUGGCGUGAUUAUGUACGAAUGUCUUUUCGGCAAAGCUCCGUAUUCUAGCAGUAGUUUUCAGGAAUUAGCUGAAAAGAUCAAGGACAUGCGACCUAUUGAGCUACCCAAAGGAUCAUAUAUAUCACCCGAAUGCAAAGAUUUAUUGAUGUCCUUAUUGAAGCACAACCCCGAAGAAAGGAUAACAUUCGAUGACUUUUUUGCCCAUGAUUUUCUGGACUUGUCUCAUGCUCCUACAAGGGAAAAUUAUGAUAAGGCGGUAGAAUUAAUACAAAAAGCUGUGAAAUUGGAUAGUGAGAAAAACUCCAAAGAAGCUUUUCAUCUUUAUUGCGAAGCUCUUAGAUAUUUUAUUCCUAUUCUUACAAGUGAGACAGACUUGAAACGAAAAGAAACGUUAAGAUCCCAUGUUAAUGAUUAUAUUAGAAGAGCAGAGAUACUUAAAGCAUCAUAUUUAGAUGACGAUAGCGAUAAAGUGAAGUGUGCACGAGUAGAGGAUAAAGGAAGUUCUUCGUCGAUUCGAUGGAUACCAUUCUUGAACAGAGGAACUUCGUUUGUGUAUCAAGAGCUACGAACUCUUAGUAAAACUACACCCAGUAUGGCGGAUGCGCUGGAGAUAGGAGAGGUUGCAGAACAAUAUCUCGCAGAAGGAAACUAUGCUCUCGCGUUAGAAAAAUUUCAGGCCUGUUUAGGGAUAUUGGUACCCCUGUUGGGGAAAGAACCAGCAGGACGACGAAGAGAUUUGUUACAUAAACAGGUACAACUGUGGAUGAAAGAAGCCGAGAGCACCAAAGGCCUAUUAGCAACUAAAGAAAUGGAAGAAUUCACGCAACAUGUGAUGGCCACUUCAAUUGUUGGAGUUCAAAUUGUAUAAAUGUUACAUCGUUCGUCACAUGUUUAUGCACAUAAAUACGAAUUGUACAUAAAAUAUUUAAUUUAUAAAAAGAUAAAUAAAUGAUUUUGUAUCAAA